AUGAAAAGUUAUCAGAAAAUUGGAGUCAGGAACUACCAGAAAUCUGAUCACCCACGCCUGCGGUGGACACCUCAACUCCAUGAACUGUUUGUUGAAGCUGUUGAAAGUCUUGGUGGAAAACACAAAGCAACACCCAAGCGCAUUCUGCAGACGAUGAGUGUGAAGGGACUGAAAAUUUCUCAUGUCAAAAGCCAUCUGCAGAAUGCUCAUACCCCAGAACUCAGCAGAUUGUCUAUGGAUGAAGAAACUUGUCAACUAUAUGGAUUUUGUGAGCUCUCAUUAUCAUUUAAUCCGACUGUUACUACCAUGGCCCAGUUCCGAAAAGAAAGCGAGUUGUGGCCUUCUGCUGAUGAACACAAUACUUCUCAGUCCAGCUCAACUGGAAAUUUCAGUAACAUUCAGGAUUUCCAAGAGGUUGGAAGCAAUGAUAUAAACUUGGACUUAACCAUUUGA